AUGUUUGGAUCAAGGUCGAGAAAAGAGAGCGUGUCCACGGGCCGCUCGAGGAAGGAGAGUGUCUCAAAGCACAGGUCGAGCACUACAAAACACACAAAACAGCCUUCGUUCAGUCAGUCAUCGAGGAAGGUGGAGAAAUUCGUCCAGCAGGCUCGACCGGUUUCUGCAUCGCCCUCAUCAAACGCCACAUCGCCGUCGUUGGGAAGCACCAUCAUCACAGUCUGCGUCGGAGCUGAGCAGCGUCUCUUCGCUGCACACGAGGACGUUCUCUCCCACUCGCCCUACUUCCAAGCCGCAUGCAGCGGCCAGUUCUACCAGUCUGCCAACAAGCGUAUCGAUCUGCCGGACGAGGAGCCCGAGGUUUUUUCCUCCAUCCUCGAGUACCUCUACAAGGGCGACUACUACCCUCGUCUCGAGUUCAACAAGAAGCGCAACAGCUGGACGCUUGAGGAUGCUGGCAACGACAACGGCGCCAACGAAGCCGUCAUCUACUCGCCCGCGGGUCCCAUCCUGAAGGACACCGUCAUCUACUGCCAAGCCGAGAAGUACGGCCUCCAGGAGCUCAAGAAGCUGGCUCUCCGCAAACAGGGCCUGCAGUCUGGCAUUCAGUGCUCGACCAUCUUGACUUCCGCUCGCUACGCCUAUGCCAACACCCCUGACAACGACUCCAAGCUUCGUGCGCACUACCUCGCACUGAUCAUCCGUGCCCGCAACACCUUCAAGCGCAGCGGCACGAUGCAGAACGAGAUGGAAAAUGGCGGUAAGCUGUUCUUCGACUUGUUCGUUGCCAUGGUGAACCACAUGGAUGACCUUGGUCUGUCCUCAAAGUCGCCACGCUAG